GUCCAGCCGGCCUCCCCGAGCGCGUCUAUGAGCGCAGCGUUCCCGCCGUCGCUGAUGAUGAUGCAGCGCCCGCUGGGGAGCAGCACCGCCUUCAGCAUAGACUCGCUCAUCGGCAGCCCGCCGCAGCCCAGCCCCGGCCACUUCGUCUACACCGGCUACCCCAUGUUCAUGCCCUACCGGCCCGUGGUGCUCCCGCCGCCCCCGCCGCCGCCCGCGCUGCCCCAGGCCGCGCUGCAGCCCGCGCUGCCGCCCGCGCACCCGCACCACCAGAUCCCCAGCCUGCCCACCGGCUUCUGCUCCAGCCUGGCGCAGGGCAUGGCGCUCACCUCCACGCUCAUGGCCACGCUGCCCGGCGGCUUCUCGGCCUCCCCGCAGCACCAGGAGGCGGCGGCCGCCCGCAAGUUCGCGCCGCAGCCGCUGCCCGGCGGCGGCAACUUCGACAAGGCGGAGGCGCUGCAAGCGGACGCCGAGGACGGCAAAGGCUUCCUGGGCAAGGAGGGCGCGCUGCUCGCCUUCUCCGCGGCCGAGGCGGUGCAGGCGUCGCUCGUCGGCGCUGUCAGAGGACAAGGGAAAGAUGACUCAAAGGUGGAGGACGACCCGAAGGCCAAGGAGGAGAGCUUCUCGCUGGAGAGCGACCUGGACUACAGCUCGGACGACAACCUGCCGGGCCAGGCGGCCCACAAGGAGGAAGACCCGGGCCACGCGCUGGAGGAGGCCGCGCCCAGCGGCGGCCCCGCGGGCAGCACCACGUCCACGGGCAAGAACCGGCGGCGGCGGACUGCGUUCACCAGCGAGCAGCUGCUGGAGCUGGAGAAGGAGUUCCACUGCAAAAAGUACCUCUCGCUGACCGAGCGCUCGCAGAUCGCCCAUGCCCUCAAACUCAGCGAGGUGCAGGUGAAAAUCUGGUUCCAGAACCGCCGCGCCAAGUGGAAACGGGUGAAGGCCGGCAAUGCCAAUUCCAAGACAGGGGAGCCCUCCCGGAACCCCAAGAUCGUCGUCCCCAUCCCUGUCCACGUCAGCAGGUUCGCUAUUAGAAGUCAGCACCAGCAGCUGGAGCAGGCCCGGCCCUGAGGGCCAGGAGGGCCGGGGCUGGCCGGGCCUGGACCCCGCGCACGCAGAGAAGCCUCAGUGCUGGAGGGCACCCGCCUGGACCCCCACGGGCUUGAAGCAAAACUCAAAGUCACCCUCCCCCCCACACACACUGUGGACAUCCCAAGAAAAUUGCGAGUGUAUUCAGGAAACAGGCUUAAAGACUGUGACGAAGGGGCUGCAGCUACGCCGGAAGUCGCACUGAAUAUUUAUUGCCACCCCACUUUGUACAUAGAGCUCUGUGUCCACUGGAUCUCAGCGGCAGCAUUUUGAGAGUUAUAGGACCAAACCACCCAGUAAUAUUCUCCACUCACAUUCCAGAAGAAAGCAAACCUCUGCUGUAAGCUGCAGCGUAGCCAGACCCCCCCAACACCUCCCCAAAGGUAACCACCGCCAGGACAAACUCUGGGCUUUGCACACAGUUUUGGGUUUU